ACACAGAGCAGCCCCUGACCCGGGCGAAUGCGGGUUUGUGCUGCCGUCGCCGCCGCCGCCGCCGUCGUCCGGCCCCAGUGACAAAGGAAGGAAGGAAGGAAGCAAGGAGGAGUCGGCCCCACAGCCGCUGACAGGGCUCCGGGCUGGGGGCAAAGCGCGGACACUUCUUGAGUAGGCACCGAGCAGAGGCGAGGGGCGGGAGGGCGACCGCGCUGGUGCCGUGGACGGGGGAGGGGGCCCCGAGGGACGGAAGCAGUUGCUGGGUUCCCAUGUCCCCGGCGUAUGGGGAGCAGUCAAGGAGCCGCUGCUUGGGGUCUGAAGGGAGCUGCCUCUGCCACCGCCGCCGCCAUGGCCGCUGGAUCCAGCCGCCGCCUGCAGCUGCUCCUGGCGCAAUGAGGAGAGGAGCCGCCGCCACCGCCCGCCUCUGACUGACUCGCGACUCCGCCGCCCUCCAGUUUGCCGAGCCCCCGCCGUCAGCCCGCCGGAUCCCGCCGCUGCCGGAGCCGCAGCGUUUUCCGUCGCAUCUCCGAGCCACCCCCUCCCUCUCCCUCCCUCCUUCCCAUCCCCCUUCUUUUCAAGCGUGAGACUCGUGAUCCUUCCGCCGCUUCCCUUCUUCAUUGACUCGGAAAAAAAAUCCCCGAGGAAAAUACAAUAUUCAAAGUACUUAUUUUCAAUCAAGUAUUUACCCCUGUUUCGCGUGAUAUAUAUAUAUUUUUAGGAUUUCUCCCCUCCUCUCUCCUCCCCUCCAAGGAAAGGGAGGAGAAAGAAUUGUAUUUUUUUCCCAGCCCCAAAUCAUCUAUAUGUUAAAUAUCCAGACUGAUCUGUCUUGAAGGAGAAAUACAUCGCUCGUUGUUUUAUAGCUAUACAAAAGGAGUGAAAAGCCAAGAGGACAAAGUCUUUUUCUUUUUCUUGUGGGAGAACUUAAUGCUGCAUUUAUCAUUAACCUAACACCCCAACAUAAAACAAAAGGAAGAAAACGAGGAAGGAGGGAAAAGAAGGUAAUUCGGAAGGAAAAGGUGAUUCAGAAAGAGAGCAAUCAUGUCAGGCCGGCCGAGAACCACCUCCUUUGCGGAGAGCUGCAAGCCAGUGCAGCAGCCUUCAGCUUUUGGCAGCAUGAAAGUUAGCAGAGACAAGGAUGGCAGUAAGGUGACCACAGUGGUAGCAACUCCUGGGCAGGGUCCAGACAGGCCACAGGAAGUCAGCUACACAGAUACAAAAGUGAUUGGAAAUGGGUCGUUUGGUGUGGUGUACCAAGCCAAGCUUUGUGAUUCAGGAGAACUGGUUGCCAUCAAGAAAGUACUGCAGGACAAGAGAUUUAAGAACCGAGAGCUCCAAAUCAUGAGAAAGCUAGAUCACUGUAACAUAGUCCGAUUGCGUUAUUUCUUCUACUCAAGUGGUGAGAAGAAAGAUGAGGUCUACCUUAAUCUGGUGCUGGAUUAUGUUCCGGAAACAGUAUACAGAGUUGCCAGACACUAUAGUCGAGCCAAACAGACGCUCCCUGUGAUCUAUGUCAAGUUGUAUAUGUAUCAGCUGUUCCGAAGUUUAGCCUAUAUUCAUUCCUUUGGAAUCUGCCAUCGGGAUAUUAAACCACAGAACCUCUUGUUGGACCCUGAUACAGCUGUCUUAAAACUCUGUGACUUUGGAAGUGCAAAGCAGCUGGUCCGAGGAGAACCCAAUGUUUCGUAUAUCUGUUCUCGGUACUAUAGGGCCCCAGAGUUGAUCUUUGGAGCCACUGAUUAUACCUCUAGUAUAGACGUAUGGUCUGCAGGCUGUGUGCUGGCUGAGCUGUUGCUAGGACAACCAAUAUUUCCAGGGGACAGUGGUGUGGAUCAAUUGGUGGAAAUAAUCAAGGUCCUCGGGACACCUACAAGGGAGCAAAUUAGAGAAAUGAACCCAAACUACACAGAAUUCAAAUUCCCUCAAAUUAAGGCACAUCCUUGGACUAAGGAUUCGUCAGGAACAGGACAUUUCACCUCAGGAGUGCGGGUCUUCCGACCCCGAACUCCACCAGAGGCAAUUGCACUGUGUAGCCGUCUGCUGGAGUAUACACCAACUGCCCGACUGACGCCACUGGAGGCUUGUGCACAUUCAUUUUUUGAUGAAUUACGGGACCCAAAUGUCAAACUACCAAAUGGGCGAGACACACCUGCACUCUUCAACUUCACCACUCAAGAACUGUCAAGUAAUCCACCUCUUGCUACCAUCCUUAUUCCUCCUCAUGCUCGGAUUCAAGCAGCUGCUUCAACCCCUACAAAUGCCACAGCAGCCUCAGAUGCUAAUGCUGGAGACCGUGGGCAGACCAAUAACGCCGCUUCUGCAUCAGCUUCCAACUCCACCUGAACAGGCCCGAGCAGCCAGCUGCACAGGAAAAACCACCAGUUACUUGAGUGUCACUCAGCAACGCUGGUCACAUUUGGAAAGAAAAUUAAAAAGCGAAAAAAAACCUGUUCA